AUGACGUCUAUUCGCCUGCUGGAUAGCUCCCUGGUUGUUAAGUGCGGGGGGCAACAUAUCAUCCGAGAGGCUAUGGCUAUAAUGUAUAUUCGACAGCAGACGUCUAUUCCAGUGCCCACGGUGCAUUGGUGCUUCCAAGACGGGAGAACAUCCUACCUCGUCAUGGACCGAGUGAAAGGCCGUUCUCUUGAUACAUGCCUGUCCGAGAUACCGGAUCAGCACUUGAAGAAUGUCGUCAGUCAGUUGGCCGGCUUCAUUCAACAACUUAGGAAACUUGGUAGCCGCAAGACAAUGGGAUCUUGGCCAUCUGGACCAUACGACAAUGUAUUGUUUGACCCACCCCCUCUGCGAGAGUUCCAUGGCAUGCAAGAGUUUCAAGCGUAUUGGAUUUACCGUCUUGGUACAUUGAUGGGACUACCCGAAAUUCCUUCGGCCUUGCGUGAAGUUGGAGAAAAACAUGACGUUGUGUUAGCGCAUGGAGAUCUGGCGCCCAGGAAUAUUAUGGUAGAUGAUGGAGAGAUCACUGGCAUAAUAGAUUGGGAAACUCUCGGAUGGUAUCCUGACUUUUGGGAACUCAUGAUGGCCGCGAAGGGAUCGAGUCUCUCGUCCAAGUGGAAAACCGAGCUCUCCAUGGUGUUCGGACAACAACCCCACUUUUCGGACCAAUAUGAAAGGGUGUUGUUUGACGUGUUUUUCAGGCAGUGGACUUGA